AUGUUCUCCUGCAGUCGUGUUGGACAGGUGGUGAGAUUGGUAUCUCUCAGCUUGGUAGAGGCCCCGGCUGUAGGCACGGUAUCGCUCAACCUGCAUCUCUCCCGCACCAACCCGGGUCAGUCCUAUGGCUUUAAGAUCAAAGCCGACACCGCGAACACCAUGGCAAACUCAGACCCUCUCCUUUCGCCAUCACCACCUUCUUCUUCACUUUCGACGUCUGUGCGAUAUCGUUUAAUUGAGAUUCCGCGUUUUUUAACCGCCUCCUCGCGCGCGGUAGGGGCAUUUUUCCCCCCUUCGCAUGGGGGAACAGUCUACCUGAACGCGGUGAACGGCCGAACGGCGACCUACGCUGAUGGGAUGAUACAUGCGCUGAUGGAGGGGAAGAACCAUGUGGUAGAGCUCUGCGUGGAGGGAAUGUCCCUGCCGGAUAAACCGCGCGGACGAAAAUCCACAGAUGAGGGGUCCACGCACAGUGAGGAGGGUGUAGAAGCGAGGUCAGAACGACUACCAAAUGCGAGGCUUGGUAAAACGGACCGGAAGAGGAUACCAAGGGCCAAAAAUGAAUUGAAGUCGCGAAGGUCACGCCAAGCGGCGCCUACUGAAGUUACUGAAAAGGAAGACACGACAACACUUCAUGACAUCGACACCAGAAUCGCUAAGAUUACAGCAGAUAUGGCUAACCCCAGUUCUAAUACAGAUGCAAGCGCGGUUGUGGAUGAUGCACACUUCGUCACCAAACCGCCCAAGCGCGGAAGAGGAAGGCCUUCAAAACGUCAGAGUGUGGGGGAGAAAGAGGAAGCUGAGGCCGAAGGGAACGUACCAUCCGCGAUAAUUUCAAAAGAUACUGUAGAUCCCCACAAGACUUCCCCCGACGAGGGUUUCAUCAACGCCGAGGACGAAGAUAGAAAGGGCAAUCCACUUAUAGACAGCACCGCGGCCAUCAUUCAGCUUACCCAGAGGCUUUCCACACUUACUCUGCCCUCUGAGUCUGCGACUGCGGAGCUGAAUUCCAAGGACAAACAACGUAGUAAGAAAAAAACAAUUGACCAGCCGCUGGAAGAGGACGAGGCAUGGUUUGGCAAUCUAGGCACCAAUCGUGAUGAGAGCAAGAAGCAUGCAAAACACUUGAAGAAGACAAAGAACAGCCGAGCAUCUGCUGCGGCGCUGAAUGACAAAAAUAGAGGGUUAGAUGAUACUGUUAGUGAUGAUUCAGAUAGUCUGAACAGCACCAAGGGCCAUAUUCUUGUAGCCGAUGGAAAAGAUCCUGAUCGUGGAUUGUUUACGAUGGAGUUAUAG